AUGGAUUCCAACACGCAACAAACCUACAACAACAUGUUCGAUGAAGUCAUGGAUGCAACUUAUUCAGCUAUGAAUGCUCUCGGCUAUGGCGAUGUAGAUAUCGCCGUAGGAGAAACCGGUUGGCCUAGCGCUUGUGACGCUGCAUGGUGCACGCCUCAAAACGCAGCAAACUACAACCUUAACAUCAUCAAGCUUGCACAAAAUAUAGGGACGCCUCUUAUGCCUAAUCGCCACAUCGAUAUCUAUCUAUUUGCAUUGUUUAAACCGGUUCAACCGUUGAGAAAAAUCGGGGGCUUUUCAAACCGGAUUUUUCUCCGGUUUAUGAUGUUGGGGUCUUACGAGGUGUUACUGGAGGGGGUGAACAAAGCAACAAUGGGAAAUGGUGUGUGGCGAAACAAGAAGCUACAGACGCACAGCUAG